AUCCCAUUUUCUUUUCACUGUUCACCUCUCCACUCCCAUUUCGUCUCUUCCUUCUUACAAUCGACGACAGAAGCGGACGACGGAACCACUUCUCCGGUGACCUUCGACGGCGAUAAGAUUAAGAGUGGUACGUAACGCAAUCGUUGGCGAAAUUUGGAGUACGAAAUCCACAUUCUGUGCAAUCAUAGGCAUGGAUGAUCAAACUUUGCGAAACAAGAAGGAGAAAAUUAUUGCACUGUUCAUUGUGCAGUUGCAUAUGCUGAAUUGUCUUACCAUGAAGGUCCUAAUAACUUGUUUAGAAUUGGUUGUAGAGCAUUUCAAGAAGAAAAAGAAGAGAAGGAAGUUGAAUCGUAGUAGUCAAAUAGCAAUGGAUUCGGAUUCGGAUUCGGAUUCGGAUUCAAGUGUUGGUGAAGUAGAAGCUGAACAUGAAGCUGAUUCUCAGGUGCCUGAAAUUGAGAAUACAUCUCAGGAUGAUACAGCUUCUUCUGCAUUUACUAUCCAAGCAAACAAGAAAAGAAAAAGAGCUAACAAUGGUGAUGUAAAUGUGCUCAACACAGUAAAUGAAACAAUCAACAUGAUCCAUAGCUCUCAGGAGCAAUUAGCAAACGCUGUAAGUGAAUUCAUUUCUUGCUUCAAGCUUGAGAAAGAGCGAUCCGAACGAGCACAGAAUCUAAAUUCACUCCUGAAAGGCAUUGAUGGUUUGAAUGUUGAACAAAGGAUGAGGGCUGCCGUUACCAUUGUGAUGAACAAGAACUUGCUUGACAGCAUUUUCACAGUUGCACCAGAAGACAGAUCUGAAUUUGUCUCUGUGAUUCUUAACCAGUCUUCUUAACUCCAUGUUUUGGGCACAAAAGUGGCUUGAAUCAAUGCUUUUUUUCAUGAAUUCAUAGCUAGCCCUUGUAGCGGGUUUGAUUAGGUAUUAGAUUUGACAUAUCAUACUUAUGAAGUUUGUUUUUACUCCCCCAAUAUGUGGAAAGAACCCAAACAUGAGUAAAUGUUACAACAAAUGAAAAAAUGAUUCAACUUAAAUUAGGAA